AUGAACAAGCAACAAACUUUGUCCUCUCACAAACAUUCUCGUCAUCAUUACAAAAUUUGUAUCAUUGGAGGAGGAGCAGCUGGAUUAACGGCUGCAAACACACUCGCUGAAAAUGAUCAACAUGAUUUUAUGGUUUUGGAAGCAAGUGAAAGAAUUGGAGGAAGAGUUUGCUCGAAUAGAGAACGAGGAAUUGAACUCGGAGGCGAAUUUGUUCAUGGAGAAGGAAGUAUUUUGUGGGACGUGUUGGUGAACAAGUUGAAAAUACCAUUGAAAGUUGUUUUUAAUUUUUCUGCAACGAAUCCAAAGGAUUGUGGAUUGGGUUUUCUUCUCACCGAUAAUGCUCUUCACAUGACCGACGAAGAAAUCAAACAACAUUUCAGAAAAUUCAUUCAAAAAACGUAUCACUUGAAUGACAACAAUGACGGAUAUUUAGGAGGAGAUAUUCGAAAUUGGCAAAAUAUUCAUCAUGUGGCAGGUGCCUAUAGUUUUGCUCUCACCACUGAUGCUUCCAAGAGACAUUAUAUUGAACAACCACGUGUUGUAUUGGGUCAACCUAUUGAUUCGAAAAUUUAUUUUGCUGGAGAGGCAUACUGUCAACACUCACCAGCGACCAUUCACGGAGCAAUGGAGACUGGUCAGAAAGUGGCUUUGGAAAUUUUAAAGUCAUCUCAAACAGCACCAAGAAUGAGUAAGCUUUAA